UAUAGACCCUGAUCAUUCACAAGCAAUGGCCGAAAGAUUGAGCUUGGAAGCAGUGAACCAGCAGGGAUACGAGGAAUUCAUUGAGAAUUUCAGGAACAUUGUUGAGCACGGGAUGUUAAUAGCCGGAGCAGUGUGGUCAUAUCGACCCUUUCGCAGCCUGGACCAUCUUCACCAGUGCUUCUGUGAUUUCAUGGAUUCAUUGCCAGCGGCUGGUAAGCAGUCAAUAUUACGAUGUCUUCCUAGCCUUGCUGGAAAGCGUGCACGACGAGGCCAACUUUCAUUAGAAUCCGAGCAAGAACAAGCUAGUGCAGGUCUAUCAUCAUUAACUGAAGAACAAUUCAGCCAGAUCAAUAAGAACAAUGCCAUGUACCGUGAGAAGUUCUCCUUCCCAUUUGUGAUCUGCGCGAGGGAGAAUAAGGUUGCUUCUAUUCUUCAAGGAUUGGACACUCGGAUUCAAAACUCAGAGGAACUUGAGCUUCAGACAGGAGUUGAAGAAGUCAAAAAGAUUGUCUAUUACAGACUCCUUGAUAAGAUUCAGGAUGUUUCAUCAACAAAUCACCCUAAGUUAUAAGGCCUUCAAGACCACCACAAUUAGUUUCAUUAUUCAGUGAUGUAAAAGAAAUGGCAUAUUGUCAUCAUGAAUGGGUCCUGUGACAUAAAGCUUGGUAAUUGAUCAUAGAGCUGAUGCCUACGAUUGAUUUUAUUGAUUAUUGUGUAUCAUCAAUUGAAAAAAAUAAUCCCCACUAUCAUACACUAAGUUUAAUGCUGCUGGCACAGGUUGAGGAGUUAAGAAGAAAGGGUUGUCAUCUCCCUCAUUGCAAAAUUUAUGUUUUAUAAUAAUAAGAAAUAUAAUUUCUCUUUAAAUAAGAAGACUUUGCAGUCACAGAUAAUCUAUUUGAAGUAAUCGACUGCAAUAUUUUUUUAUUUUUUUGUGCAUGUGAGUGUACUGAAGUGGUGGCGGUGGGAUGGCGGGGUUCACUAGACGAAUCUUAAAAGACACUGUCAGUAGGCCUAUGGUCUAAAUGUAUGUCAGUAGGUCCAGGCUACCGCUGAAAAUUUUUAUAUUUAGUGAUGGCGGCAUAUCAUAGGAGUGCUCACUCAUAUAGAUUCAGAUGCAGGAUAGUUGAAGCAAGUUGACUAUUUCAUUGCAGAUCAGGAUAAACCACUUGUGAUGUGGUCACAUAAUGAUGUAUUGUUGUUAGUAUGCAAUCUAUCAACGAAGAUAUGGAUAUUCCAAAGGUAUCUGUAUUUCAGGGAUUCUUAAUGUAUUUUCUCUUUAAACUUUAAAUGAUUUUUCUCAACGUAGAAUAACAGUAUUACUCGUUUUGAUCAUAGAAGACUUGCCUACUCUUAAUCAUUGUGCUGUUUUUAAGUUAUAGUCCACAAUUGAUUGCAAUUGUUUGUGCUAAUUAUCAGUUCUGUAAUGUAUCUAUGAUGCUAUUCGUUUUGUUUUGAUUCUUCUUUUAGAUUUUAUUUUCAUUGUUGACUAAAGUAAUUUGGUCACCAUUUUGAUAUUCUCUCAAUUAGCAUGAACUGUGGAAAGCCAUGAAUGUAAAUUUUUUAAAAUCUUUUUAUGUAAUAUACUACUAUUUAUAAUAGUAGUAUUUCUGUUAUUGUAAAUCCUGUAGGAACUUCGCAGGACAGUUUUUUUUUGUUGGCAAAAUGCCAAGCUGGUAUAUAACCAAUUACAUGGGAAACAUUUUGUCUAGGUUUACCACCUUGGCAUUUUGCCAGCAAAAUAUAGCUGUCCUGUAAUCACUAAAUAGUAAUUUAGUAGACCUAAAUAUAUAUUUUUUUCUCAACUCACAUGGGCCUGUAUUCUGAACUUGGGUUUAAUUCAAACUCUGGUUUAAAGUUUUGGUUUAGCUGUGAUUAUGGAUAGCCAGAUCUAUGACACAACAAGAGAAAUAGUUGAAUUUAUCAGCUUAUUUCACAUUCCAAUCAUUCACAACUGUGAAAUUAAUAAUAGUUUUCAAAAAUAUUUAAGCAUGGGGGAAUGAAUGUUAUUAACAUAAAAAGGAUGCAAUGUAAAUAAAAUCUUAACAUUUUGGCUUCUCAUAAUUUUAGCAUGGAGUUGACCAUGUCACCACGGUCUAAGUUAAACCUGAGUUCAGAAUAUGGGUCAUUAAAUUUCAGGUCUUUCCUAUUAUUUCUUUCCAAAUUGAAAUUACUCCAAACUGGUGGGUAAUAUAUAUCUCUGUGUGUGAUUGUAAAAAUGUUUUACAGUAUUGAAAUUAAAUGCAAGUAUUGAAGAUUAUCACUGGUUGUUCAAAACUGCAUCAUGUGACAGGGUGUUAUUCUGUCUAUUAGUGCAGGGACGGAUCCAGGAUUUAUUUUGAAGGGGG